AUGGCGCAACCUCAACUGCCUGUCUCUCUGUUCGCUGGUAACCAGGUUGCACCGAACACGCCUCAAGUCGCCCUCACCUCCACGACGCUGAGCACCGGCAAUUCCGCCAAUAACACCUUUGUCAUGUCUGCAAGCCCCACACGGAAUCGGAGAUCCACGACGGAGGGCUACAAGCCCAAGCUCAUAACCACAGUUGGCGCGAAGCCCGCGUGCCUUGUCAAUGCGUCGGUAACGUAUGUGGGCAAAGAUGAGAUUUACGCUUUCGGUGGUUUCGACCAAUUCACCGACGAAGUGUACAAUCAUGUACUCCGCCUUAACCUCGUCACUCGCCAAUGGAACCUCGUCGACAACUAUGGCGACAUCCCCGGCGUUCGUAUGGGUCACACUGCCUGCCUUUGGCAGGGUGACAAGUUACUGGUGUUCGGUGGUGAGAAUGAGCACCGACAACACCUUGCCGACGUCAUCGUAUUUGACCUCAAGACGGCUCACUGGAACCAGCCCGAACUGCACGGCCCUACCCCUCGUGGCAGGGCUCGCCAUUCCGCAGUAAUAUACGACGAGAAAUUGUACAUCAGCGGAGGCCAAACCGGACAUGACAGUGUGCUGGACGACAUCUGUUUCUUGGAUUUGAAGACAUGGACUUGGUCGCGGACUUGGAGGUUCGUGCCUCGUUACGACCAUGCAAGCUGGAUCUGGAAUGGCCGCAUCUGGAUAUUUGGAGGUAUCAACGACGAGAUGGAGAAGAACAAUGAGAUCUGGUGGUUGGACCUACGUGGUAGCCCAGGCUUUGAGACCGCUAUGAACUACGGCACAGUGGAUCGGACAUUGCUCUCUUCACGACACCGAUUUGCGAAUUUGGGAUCGACCUCGCUUGCUACCGGUAGUACUGGCUACACCGCGAACUCCAGCAUCCAGUCCAGCUCUCUAGGUCCUUCUCGAUCUCCGUAUAGCACAGCUCCCGGGUCCAUAUCCUCUCUGAAGUUUCAUUCAAGUCCAAAUCUCCCGUCGCAGGCUGCAGGCAUGCAUUUCCAUGUAUUCUCCUCGGGCUGUAUGCUUGACUUUGUCACACCCGCGGAGCUGAGUUGCGAGACAAGCCUUUCCAGUCUGGAGCUCGAUGUUCUUCGAUGGCAGAAAUUAGCAGACGGGAAGGACAUGUACAACUCGAAUUACCGCUGGCACUACUGCACUACCAACGCAGAAGGUACGCACGCUUGGCUUCUUGGCAGCCCAGCUGAGCCUGCCGCCGACGGCAAUGGUGUGAGCCCUGGAGAAUACCUGAGCGAUGUGCUGGCCAUUGACUUGCGCAAAUAUGGGAUCCUCGGCAAUGAGCUAGCGACAGAUCCUCGGUCUAAGUUGCCUUCUUCUGAUGCGAACGUAACGUCUCAUCUAACGGGCAUCGGCGCUGAUCUAUCCUUAACUUUCGAUAAGCCCCCCGAGUCGGGCAGUGGAGCUGACUUCAUUGUCACAGCGGAUCCGGACGACCUAGAAGAUAUUAUCUCGCCGACAGAUGAGUCGGGGUCAUCGACCGCAGUUGCGCCUGUUUCGCAACCCAUCCACGUCCACAGACUCAUCCUACAUGCUCGUUGGCCACAUUUCGCUCGACUCUGGAGUGCCCAGAUGGCCGAGUUUCAUUCAAAGAAAAUGCACAUCCCUGAGCCCUACUCCGCAGUUCGGGCUUUCCUCUUCUAUCUAUACACAGACAGCAUCGCACCGCACCCAACAAACGGACCGACACUUAACGAUGUCGCCGGUAUGCUAGUCAUGUCGAAUAUAUACGACAUGCCGCGCUUACGUCUACUUUGCGUCAAUCGGCUAAGCCGUGAACUUGAUAUUGAACACGCAGCUAUCAUUUGGGAGCGCGCUGGGACCGCUAACGAAGAGUGGUUGAAGCGUCGGGCAGCAGCAUUCUGCUUGAACAACUGGGGCAAGAUUGUCCGCACAGCUGGGUUCCGAGCUCUUGGUCCCUUGGCCAUCAUGGAUCUUUGCGCUGAGGCAGAUGUCGACUCGCGCGUUGUUGGUGGUGAGGAGCUUGAGUUGUUGGGUCAGCUCAACCGCCCGUUUGCCACCAAUCGAAAGCGUAGCCUCGGCAGCGCAGGUGUCCUUACCGCUGGCGAAGAGGAAGGCGAUGACGAAGUGGAAGAUGACGGCAUGGACGUGAACUAG